AUGCCCACGCGAUCGAUCACGCUCGUCUCGGCGCUCAUCGCGCUCGCCUGUCUCCCGCGUUCGUCAUCGGCGGUCAAGUUUGGCGAAGAUUUCACCGACACGCUGAAGAAGAAGCCGGCGCCGAUGGAGGGACGAACGUACGCGCGCGAUUUCGAGGGCACGCAGAUCUUCGCGGAUGACUUGUCCACGGCGUACAUGCACGGUCUCACGUGUGGGGCGUGCAUGGCGGUGUUGAACGAGACGAAGAGGAUUUACGAUGAAAUCAUAGAGACGAAAUUUCAUCACCCGGACGACGUCACCGGGGGCGCGAUGUACGAUUAUAUGCACGAAGCGACGGAACCGGAUGAGUUUUGUGAUGGGAACGCGUUGUGGGAGAAGUACGCGGUGAACAAUAUUACCGGACACGUCGCGAGCGCGGCGUGGUUGCGUCUCCGAGCGGUGAGCCAGUUGCGCCUGCACGGGCAGUUUGAAGGAACAGAGAUGGGAAAGCGAGCGAUGGCGUCGCUGAAUGAGUAUCGGUGGGCGAUUGAUCUCGGGUUGUUGGGUUACGAUCUGUUCUCCCUUAUCGAGCCCGACGAAGAGCGUUUCGAUCCGAUUAAGUUGGCUGAGACUAACGACGUGGAGGUUCCGGAGGAAGACGAGGAGUAUCUUCAAAAGACGGACACUCGCGAGUUCAUUGUACGAUCGCUCAAGACGCAUCCGUAUCGUAUCGCAAGGCAGAAAAUGAAGCUCGAACAGGUGUGCCACGACAUCGUUAAGAGCAGAGCUUACAUCCAGAGCAUGCUUCACAGAGGACUUAUAAGGGACCUUCACUACGAAAUCUGCCACUCUACGAAGAAGUGCAUGUGGAAGACUCCGCACGAAGUGCGCCAGAUCGAGCAAGCUCGCAAGCUCGCCGUCGACGCGUAUCUUGAGGCGCUCGUAGAUGAAGGUGCGGACGCUUUCGGUGACGAAGACGGUGACGAGGAGGAAGAGUUGUAG